AUGAUGCACGCGAAGUUUUCUCUGUUGCUUCGAACUCGACCAGAAUGGCGCACGCUGGGGCCUGCGCUGGUAGCCUCGACUUCGAUCAACUUCCAAGCAGAAGGUGAUACGACCGACCGCGACCUUGUCAUUCCACUCUCCGGACAACACCAGCAAUCCACGCUCCACGUUCUCUUAUUGUGGACGUCCGAGCCCAUGACCUCCACCGAAGAACGACUGCGUCCUUUCUUAGCGCGGGCAAGGCAGAUGACAGAUCAUUAUGUGGCCAUGGUGGCUGAGAACAGGGAGAAGCCCUCCAUUUGCCCCGUUCACAUCCUCUCGUCUCUGCAACAUCGAAUGCUAGGUGUCUCACCCAUCCCCAUUCUUACUGCGUUGUCAAUCGAUAGCAUCGUAACUACCGUCGAGCGCUACAUUCAAGAGCUGAACAAGAAGUACGAGAUCAAAAUACCGCCAAUGCCGAUGCCUACCACGCUGGUCGCUCAUGCCAGCACCUCGGCGCCGGCUCAGCCCCUCUCCGCACACGAUGCCAAUGUGUUGACUGACCUGUGCUCUUCCAUUCGAGAUUUGGAGGAAGCUACCAGGACAAACAACGGAAGGGAGCGAUUGGCCGAGUAUCUGGGACCAGUGGUCUCAAAGACCCUUGUUGACUUCUGGGAGGACGAAUGGAUAAUUUGA